AACCACUAACAGCACUUAAAAGAACACUUUGGGAAAAACAAUAAAAAAUAUUUCGCGAAAGUCAUGGCAAGCUCUGAAAAGGACGUUUAAAGCCAAAUCUUUUGGACAACGACCGCCUUGAAGCCACUGCCUGCAACGCACAAUGACGACCGACUUCGGGGCCAGCCCAUUUGUGUCCAGCAAUCCAAACGCCAGCUGCAGUGCAUCCCGCUGGCUGACAGAAGAGGUGUUUAAGCUGAUUGACAUUGUCCAGCGCGACGAGGCCAUCUAUAAUCCGCGCCACAAGUACUACUUCUGCCGGCCGUACGUUGAGAACUUCUGGCGCGAGGUGGACCAGAAGCUGGAAAAGAAUCCCGGCGCCAGCCUGGCCAAGUGGACCAAUUUGCGUAUCUCCUUCAGGCGCGAGUACACCAACUACCUGGAGGAGAAGGUACCACCCUGCUGGUCCUACUUUGAUCGCAUGUUCUUCCUGCAUCCGUAUCUGCGCAAAAAGCACCAGCAACCAAAGUCUCUGGACACUCAGGUGCAGGACGCGCUGGCCCAUCUAUCUAGCCUGUCCAGCCGCAUGCAGCGAGAGCGAUCCGUGGUUAUCCCGGCCAGUAGCAGCAGUGGCCAGCCCACGCCCUCUGCCCAUCAGUCUCCGCAGGCUCAGCAGCUGGACAACUACCUGGACUACUUCGACGAGACGGAGCACAACAACUCCGAGCUGGAGGACAUUAUGGAGGAAGAGCAGCAGCAGCAUCGCAACAGCCGGUACCACAAUCAGCUAGACAGCAAUGACAUCAAGUCGGAGUGCGAGGAGCCGGCAGAUGACUAUGAACAGGAGACGCACGACCAGGAGGAGGAUGACCAAGAGGACCUGGAUAUGCAGAAGAUGGCAGCCACUUCAUCCAGUAUUUCCUCAGCAAUGGAAGUUCAGCGUCGCUAUAGCCACCAUCAGCAACCGCAGCCACAACCGCAGCCACAACCGCAUGCUCGAACGCAAUUGGGUCGCCCACAGAUGCGGGCUUAUCUGGACGACAUGCGUGGAGCGAUUCGUCCACGCUCCCAGGAGCUGCAGGCUACAUCAGCAGCCGUGGCAGGUGGGAACUUUGCUUCCCAGCAGGGUACCCAUUCGAACAUUUCCUUUGUGCGUCCAACGUUCAGUAAGCCCGUGGAUCUGGUGAGCACCACAACGCACACCGCGGGAAUCGGAGCUGGAGGUGGAGGCGGCGGUGGAGUGGCAGCCACCGCUGCAUCAUCUGAAGCAGAGCUGCCUACGCCCUCCACGGCGGCGGCGGUGGCCACGCCCAUCAACGCGGCCAGCAACAGUGCCAACGUCAGCAGCGGCUAUUUAGGCCAGCGGCAUGUCCACAACCAUGUGCAUGGCGGCCAUCACCAGUCUGCGCCUCCACCACUUCCGCUGAGACUAGAGACAGCCAAUCCAGCGGGAGGCGGGCCCAUUUCCAAUGGAGGUGUUAGCGGCGGCGUAGAGCUAUGCGACUGCAAAACCGAUCCGGACGCCAUGUUCUUGAUGAGCUUGCUGCCGGACAUACAGAAGCUGAACGGACGCGACCGCGGCAAGAUCAAGAUUGCCUUUCAGAACAUCCUGCAGGACUACCUGUAUCCGGACUAGUGUCUCUAGAUCUCUUUCCGCUUUUAUGGCAGUGGAACCGAUCCGGCUCAGCCGCAGAGUUCCGCCUUUGAUUUUUAUGUUUGUUUUUGUUUCCUUCUCUUAAUUUUUGUUGAGAAUUUUCCCGAAGCUUUGCUGUGCAAGAACAAAGUAUCCUUAAACCGUUUUGAACACUAUCAGCUUACGUUUAUUAAGUGUAUAAAUAUUUAUAAAUAUUUAAUGUGUAACACAAGAAUAAAUUCAUUCGAAAUUAUGCGAUAAAUA